GGCAAGCUGGAUGCUCUGUGGGUGUUCCUGAGGAAAGGCUAUGAUAGGGUGUCUGUGAUGAGACCCCAUCCUGGAGACAAGGUAAGACGUGAAGACAAACAGCAUAGAGAAAGACACGUCCAACACAUGCUACCUGCUGUCACUGCACUGUAUGGGCGGACGCAAGGAUAUGCAGAGUCAUGGAAGGCCGUUUUAGCAACUCAAUAAGAAAGCCAGUGUGUGACUGAGGCUUACCUAUAGGGCAGAGAAGGAUAGUUUACAGGGGAUUUUCUUUCAGAGCUCUUCUAUGGGAUCAUAAGGCCCACUGGCCCAGCACUUCGUUAUGCUGUUAUGCAAGAGAAGCAGAAAAAAUACAAUCAGAGGAAACAGUUAAAACGGCAAUCAGCAGUUGAACAAAUGUAAAAGUGUUUCCCCGCCCCUGCUUCGGUAAAAAGCUGAGGGAUGGGGAUGGAGAAGUGUAACCACUCUCAAAUUCAUAGACAGAGCUAUGGAUUCAAGUCCUGACUAUCCAUAAUAUCAACAUUAUAGUUUUAACCAUGUUUUGAGGCUAUAUAGUGUUUGUUUACAUUUACAUUGUUUACAAACAUAGGAGUAAAACAAGCUUAUAUUUUGGGUUCUGAUGGGGUACGACAGAACUAAGCUCAUGAGGCAUUUAUUUUCUUCAAGAAUCAAUGGGUACAUAAAACAUUUAUAAGACAAAAACUGCAGACUGCCCCUUUAAGGAGGCAGAGACCACACUGCGUAAUGCCAAGACCCACUCCGUUGCAAAUCCUUAAGAGAAAUAACUCAAACUCCUGGAAAAGUGAGGGAAAUAGGAAGGCCAAGCCAAGACCACAGCCUGCGGAGCAAAGCAGACAGCAUGGAAAAUAGAGAGAGGGGAGGCUUCAGUCUACCAUCUUCCUUUUUUAUUCUCUUUUUGUACAUCGCGAUGAUUCUUCCAGAACCUUUCAAAUCUUUUUUUUUUUCAUCUAAACUAUUCCACCAGGCAGCUGAGGAGAGUGGGCAUUUUCAUUACCUCCCUACACACUCAUCACUUUGGCAGUUUUGAACGCCAAUUAAAUCCCUAAAUUCAUUAAAACUGCUUUUGAAUGACCAUUUCUUAAUUAAAUAAUCUUAAAACAUAAUCUUUUAAACCAUUUCCAGCCAGGCAGUAAAUAAUAGAGCAGAAAAGUUGCAGCUGUUAGUCAUUAUAACAGUGCACAGACAGAGUGGCUGUGAGAAAGGCACAAAGUAACCUGGCAUAUACAGGCUGAGGCGCUAAUACUGUAUUGCUCCAACCUGAAGGAAUGUGUUCAAAUCUGCUGAAGCCAUUAAGGUUAGAUGACUACCCACAUCCCCACCUUCCUGUAACUCUAGCCUAGCUGGGAGUUUUGUUUUUAUAUGGUCUCAAUGACAGAUGUGGAUAGGAGGAUGGGGCAAACCAUCCACACAAUUCCCCCUCUUCCCAUCUUCCAGAAGCUGUUGCUACCUCAGUAAAUCUCCUUGUUGUUUUGACUGAAUUUGACAUUUAUAGGUAAGCAGAAGACAAGAUGGAGUCAGCACAUUAUUCAGAAAGGAAAAUGAGAGAUUGGUCGUAUUCCCUUCCGAUCCUAUUUGAAUGGAGACGCUAAGAUCUAUAAAUCCACUUUGCAUGGAAACGUUAUAAAAUAAUUCAAUAUACACCAACGCAUCAGUAAAACCCUGAUGACUGCCUCUGAUUGCACUCUUCCCUGUUGUAUCCCUCUCUCCUAACUUACAGGGCAGGUGCAUUAGCUUCACCCGGGUGAAAGGCUACCCUGCUCCUCGUUAUCCAGUCUACAACCAGCCCUCCACGGCCAUCUACAGUCUGCCUCACACCUACAGUCACCCUUCCUCACACAGCACCCUCUCCCAUAUGCCCCCCUCUCCCACCUCCACUCUACCACCUCUGCCAUCCACUCCCCCCCCUCCAUCCUGCAUCACCCCUCCCCCUUACACCCCCCCUCCAAACCGAGCUCUGCCCCCCACUUCUCUAAGUCCUCCCCCACCUGUUGCUCCACCCACCCCUCCCCUCUUUUGCCCUGCCACCCCUCCACCCUUUUUGCCCCGCCACACCCCCUUCCCCAACUGGCUCUCUGCCCCCACCCCCUCAGGUCCCACCCCCAUGCAGAGCUCCCCCCCCUUCCCGCCCUCCCCCACGCCCGUCUGA